UAUCCUUUCCUUAACUCGGAAGGCACAUUCCGCGACUGUAUAGGUGAAGACUAUCGCGUUCGAAAUAAAAAUGGUUGUUUUGACUGGUUCAUUUUGAUAAAGAAAAAUGUAAAACCGUUGAUAUCGUUUGUGCGCCACCUACUGCAGCACGUACCAGUGUUACAGAGUGAUAGGCGUAUUUCUACCGUACAUGAAGGAGACUGGAUUCUUUAUCCUCAAUGUGGUGCCUAUUCGACGUGCCUAUCGACACAUUUCAACGGCUUCUACCCUCCGAACAUACUGUAUCUGAUAUCAGCAAGCAACUGGUCGACCGUAGCGAAUGCCAUGCGAGGGAAUGAGGUCAUUUCGGAGCGGAUUCCUUCGAAGAUGUAA